AGGUUAAUGAUGCGAAGUAUUGUUGCGUAUGCCCGACGUCGUUUUCGAGAAAGCUCCCGCGCUCAAGAUGCGAGCUUCAAAUGAAAUUUACCUACUUCUAUUUUGGCGCGAAAGAUACACUACCCUCGGCUCAUUACCCUCCACAAUUAGGUUUUCUCCAAACCCUAACCAGAGGAAGAAGGAAAAAAAAAUGGCGAAUUUCUCAGACCAGAUCGAUGAAAUCAAAACCCUCUUGUCCUCAGCCGCUACCACCAAAUCACAAAAGCCCGUAGCGUACUCCACCCUCUUACAUCUCCAAGAACAGUCCAGUUCAGCCACGGGGGACCCUUCCCUGAUUCAAUCGCUCGCCGACGCCUCUCUCGCUCUCCUCCCUCUGAUCCUCGCCGACAUUUUCGACGAUGAUGAAGAAAUUGCUGCACAGGCUUUGAAGUGCUUAGGUUUCAUGAUUUACCAUCCAACCCUCGUAGCCACAUUUUCGAGAGAUGACGCUAAUCUCAUUGUGAAUUCAUUGACCAAAGUCAUUAUAACUACCAAAAUUAAGUCUGUUUGUAAUUUAGGAGUGUGGUGUUUAUCAGUCCAGCAAUUUCCUUCAUUAUAUUUGGCUGCAAACUUCCAUUCUCUACUGAGGGCAAUUGUUCAUGCCCUUGACAAUCCUAUUGGCUCCCUGUCAACAACUUUUGAGGCUACCCAGGCUGUCACGAAGUUAGCUGCUCAGUUAUUUGAGAAGAUGAGGGAUACAUCAAAUAUAUGGGCUCCUCCAAUCUACAGGAGAUCUGUUAGCAUCGAUAAAAGAGUGAGAGAUAUCUCUGAAAGAUGUUUGCUAAAGAUUAGGUCUACAAUAUGUCCUCCGUCGUUAACUCUCUCUAAGGCCAUUGUCAUAGACUUGAAGGGAAGAUUGCUUCCUGGGAUGAAGGAGCUGCUUAACCAUGGGUUGAAGAUUCAAGCUAUUCAAGCAUGGGGAUGGUUUAUUCGCCUAUUAGGGUCUUAUGCUGUGAAGAAUAGGCAUUUGGUCAAUGAGAUGCUAAAAAUUCCUGAGCAGACAUUUCCUGAUGCAGACCCACAAGUCCAAAUUGCUUCACUGGUUGCCUGGGAAGGUUUGAUUGAUGCUCUUAUUCGGCAUGGAAGAACAUGCAAUGGGAACGAUAGUGGAACAGAAGGACAAACACUUUCCAAGAGCAUAAAGCUUGUUAUGGCGCCCAUAAUAGGAAUCAUGUCAAGUAGAUGCGACGUUUCUGUUUACUCAUCUUGCCUUAACACAUGGUGUUAUCUGCUGCACACACUUGAUUCCUCUGUCAACUCUCCUUCAAUGAUAAAAACUGCUUGGGAGCCUGUUUUUGACGCAGUGUUUCGAGUUACACCCGACAGUAAGAGCAUCUGGGUGUGGAUUACCUGUUUAGAUCUGCUUGAUGAUUUUAUUUUGACCAAAGGUGGAGAAUUGGAAGGUGACUUGAAUAGUCAGGUGAAUUAUCACCUCUCAGAUAAAAUCCCUACUACUGGACCUCCAAUAUCUUCUGAGAGGCCCUGGAAGCAUUAUCCCAUUAAAUGGAUGCCUUGCGAUCUGAAUAAGUUGGACUUCUGCUUUAAAAUUAUUCAAAAUCUUAUAAAUCAAGGGCCAAGGGUGGAUGUCACAGAAGUCAAGUGUUUGGUACAUGAUUCUGCCUUGAGGAUAUUCAGAUCUGUCAUGCAAGGAGUCCAAUGUGUAUUUAAUAAUUCAUCAAUUAAUUAUGAUGAGAUUUUGUUGUGUUUGAAUAAAACAUUUGAGUUGCUAAAGGUGAUAUGCGAAAGUAUAAUUUCAGAGAACACUGACAGUAAUCACCUGCGGCUUACUACCCUCCAAUUUGUAGGGGCUGUCAUUGAAGAGAUAGAACCUUCUAUUCUUGGAUCCCCUCUUUACAAGGUGGCAUUAGACCUCAAGUAUUUUGAACACUUGAAUUCAGCUAAUAUGACUAAACAUGGAGAGGUAACUGGAGUCCAGUUUAAAGUGUACAUGGAUAUGGUCUCACCGAUUGUUUAUUUAUUGAAUCUCUAUUUUUGUGAGGUGUUCAAGUCAACUUUCAAUGCACCUGGGGCAGAAUUCAUAAUGCAGGAUGCCUGCAGAUAUGUCAAGAUUGUAUUAUCCUCAUAUGAGCCUUCUGAAAUUGUCCAUGCUAUUAUGGGUUUAUUGUAUAAACAUGUGGGAUUUGACUACUUAAAGGUAUGGGUGGCAAUAUCAAAAGGUCUAAUAGAGUACGUAGAUGAAGUGAAGGACAUUUCACUUUUGACUCUGGGGUCUGUUAUGUCUCAUUGUUUAGCACUAUGCCAGCUACUGUCCUACCCAUUUGCUGUAUGCUCAGUUCGUCAGGAGCAAUUGACAAUUAAGCAAUGUACUGGGAUUCAAGAAUCAGCUGAUGUUUCCGUUCAAUCUCAUAGGCAGCUUGAGCUUCAACUUGUUUUUGAUGUCUGGAAGUCACUUUAUGCAUGUGUUAAUCGUGCCAACCAUUCGGAGAAUUCCACCUCAAAUGCUCUUGCCGAUGAGUUGGCGCUGGCAUUAAAUGGGUGCUUAGAUGAAUAUAUGAAGGUACUUGAGUGUGGCAGCAAGCUUAAUCCAAGCAACAACCAUCAGAAUCAUGACCUCCUGUUUUUGUGUGGAAAUGUUGUGAUAUGUGUUUUGGAGGACAGUCAGAUGUCAGCAAUAAGAUCUACAGGAAGCAUAGACACAGAUGAUGGUGACUAUAAGCAAUCCAGUGUCGUCGAUAAUCUUUUGCGUUUAACCGCUAGAUUCAUGACACUGGCACGAAUGCUGGCAGAAACAAACCCUCCACCUGCUAUUCCUCCUCUAAUCCCACGGGUUUUCUCAAUGUUGGUGCACUUCGUUGGCCAGCUUCACAUGAAGGAGGAUAUUCUUUCCUUUAUCCAGAAAAUAUCAACUCCACUGCUUCAGUGGAUGACAACUCCAGAAGAACCAUACGAGGACACCAAUCAUCAACUUCAACUACUGUGGACCGAAAUCCUCAACCGUUUGCAAAAGAGUCGUCCACCAUUAACCUUCGAUUCCUCCUUCCUUAAACUCCAAGCACCUCUCCUCGAGCAAACACUCGAUCACCCCAAUCUCUCCAUUUCCAAUCCAACAAUCACGUUUUGGAAUUCCACAUAUGCCACUGAGAAGCUAGAUUACCCUCAGAGCCUAAUACCGGUCUUGGACAAGCUAUACAGACACGGAAAAAUCAAUCUUUUCAAGAGAAGAAUUCCGUGCCAUUCUAGAAUCGAUGCUCCACCGCGAUAUUGGGUAAGCACUGCAACCAAACAUAGGAGCUCGAAAAGAGUGGAGUUAGUGGAGGAUAUUGGUAAGAAGGGGUGUUUGGGUUUGAAAAGGAAGAAAAGUGAACUUACUGAGCAUCAGAAGGAAGUGAGACGAGCGCAGCAGGGGAGAGAGAGAGAUUGUAAUGGACACGGCCCUGGUAUUCGGACUUAUACGGGCGUCGAUUUCUCCCAAGGGAAUGAAGAGUCACAAGAUAGUGAGGAUAUCAGGGAUGCUGAAUCUAUCUUGGAGUUGUUGAGGAGAGCUAGUUAGCUUUGUAUGCCACCUUUUGUCUUGUGUAUAUAUUCUGCAGUGUAAUAUGUAUUUAUGUAACAAUAAUGUUUGUGUGUACUUUGUUUGGUUAUGGUAGGAAAUUAAAAUUUCCUUUUUUUCUUUUUAGUUUUGAUGAUGAUUUUGUUGUAAUUAUUUUGAAUCUCUGGAAAGAUUUGUAUGUAAACUGGUGCUUGGAAUGUAGGGGACACAUUUUGAGUGCAACUUGGGAGCCUGUUAAUUUGCUUUCUCUCAGAAUAAUGAUGGGCUAUUGUAG